GGCUGAAAGUUGGAGCAAGCAGGAAGUGAACCAAGGGCCGCCCCAGGAGGAAACAGACUAGGCAAGUUCUGCCGCUGACGGGCCCCAGCUGCUCGGAGACAUGGAGGAAGGCAGUGGAGGCGAUGGAAAUGAUCAUGUGCGGAACCUGCGGAGUGAGGUGGAGGGAGUCAAGAAUAUUAUGACCCAGAAUGUGGAGCGGAUCCUGGCCCGAGGAGAAAACUUGGACCAUCUCCGCCACAAGACAGAAGAUCUGGAAGCCACAUCUGAACACUUCAAGACCACAUCGCAGAAGGUGGCUCGGAAGUUCUGGUGGAAGAACGUGAAGAUGAUUGUCCUCAUCUGCGUGAUUGUUUCUAUCAUCAUCCUCUUCAUCGUGCUCUUUGCCACUGGUGUCAUCCAUUAAGUAACUUAGGGAGCCCCUCUCACCCUGCCCUCCUCUUUGGGGCAACCCACCUUAAUGGGUGCCACGAGGGGCCCUCUCUCCCACUCUUCUCCAUAGGGAAUAUUGUUUGGUCCUCCUGCCCCUCACUCUGAGGCCCCUCUGCCACACUGUCUGCCCCAGGGAGCACCUUGGUCCCCCCAGAAGGAGAGAGCUGGACUAUGACUGCAUUUCACAGGUCCUCAGAGUUGGUUGGAGAGACCCAGAGGACCCAGCUUGUGGCUGGGAAACUGAUGGUGGCCAGUGGGCAAUAAAGACCGUUCAGUAUCCCUACAUGUGUGAGGUACUUCCUCCCUUUCCAGUCUGCUUUUGGCCCUUCUAUUUGUUUUCUCUCUAAGGACACCCUCUGGCUGACAUUCUCCCAUCUGAGGCCCAGGUUGUUGGAGAGCAUAUAUUUGGAGAAGAAAGAUGGUACCUCCCUGUCUGUCUUUAUUCCUCUUUGUUCCAUUCAUUGUCACAGGUCUCAAGAACAAGAAUUUUCUGGGGGUCUUGGCAUAUGGAAAAUUCAAAACCUUCAGAGCAUUUUAGGGUGGUAUGCAAGACUCCUAAGUGUCCCCCUUGGGUCUUGCCAUGUCCCUUUAUUACUUUUCUGCUGGAAGCGUUAGCCAAGACAUGAAACCUACCUGGACAGAGCAUUUAGGAAUCUGGUUAAGGGCCUGCUGCCUCUGCUGUCAUUGCAAUCUCUCUUCUGUGGCCCUGUUGUAGUCCAGAGUGGGGGUGUUGGGGGGAACUGGACUGCUUUUCCUUCUCUUGUGGUUCUACAAGUCCUAUUUGUCUUUUGUCUGCCCCUGCCCUUCUGGGACUUAGCAGGGCUGCUGGGUCUCGGCUGUCCUGAGGGGGCGAGCAUCUCUGCCCCAUGUCCCGUGGCUGGGCACAGUCAGUGUCACAGGACAGGGCCUAUGGCCUUCCUUCCCCUCCACGUACAAUGGGCCUCUCUGUCUUUGGGCCUCCCUCCUCUCCACCAGGUUCCACCGUCAUUGUCACUCUUUCUAGUGCCCAGUCUGCCUUGGUUCGGGGGAAGGGUUCUUGCCAUCUCUGUUUCCGUUUCGCCCAUAGGCUUUCCAGAAUUGAAAACAACCUGUGUUUGGAAGGGAGUGCAGAAGGGGCAGGGUUGGGAGACAGGAUUUGGGACUCAUUCUGGCAAGUCAGGUUCUGGAACCAUGCUCUGAAAACUGGGGAGGGAGGAGGAAAGCACAGAAGAGAUCCUCCAGGCAGUCUUUGCCAUGACUAUGUCCAUUCUCUCUCUCCUCAAUCCACUUCUUGACUCGAGGUCCAAGGAACUGGGGUGAAACCUCUUCUUUGGGACCCAGAUAGUCCAGAGUGGGGGUGGGGUCUGUGCUCACUGGGGCUUAACCCCAGGGAGGGAAACCCUCAACCCCCUUCCUCAAGAGCCGCCACAUCUGAGAUGCUGGGGGUGACAUGGGGUGGGGUGCAGAACAAGUGGCUGGUGACUUCUCUGCAACAGUGAGAGGCGAAGAUGAGGAUGGGUAGAUUCACCUCAGGCAGGCUCUGGAGGGGCAAUAGACACCUCUGAUGGAGGAGCAGGGUCAUAUCAGGACAGAGCUGCACCUGCCCUCGUGGUGAAGAGGGCAGUACAGAAAAGCCAGAGCUAGUACUUUCUCCAUGGGGGUCUGUUUUCUUUUUUAAUUGAGGUGAAAUUCAUAUAACAUACAAUUGACCAUUUUAAAAUGUACAAUUCAAUGGCAGGUAGUGCAUUCACAAUGUUUAUUGUCAAUAAACUUUAUUUAAUUUCAAAA